UUGUUGUUGUUUUUGUCGUCGUCGUCAUYGUUGUUGUUGGUGUUCGUGUUCCUGUGUUAAGUGGUCUAUAGCAGCAGCUGCAACACAAAAUUAUAUUCGAUUGAAAGAGAACACGCCUUACCGCCAACAAUGGACAUGGAGUACGUGAAUAUCAACCAAUUUAAUGACCUCGAGCUCGCGUCGCGCAUGCGCACCUGUAACUAUGAGAAAUACAAAUCUCUCGUUCGUAUGCAUCUCUCAUUCGAGCUUGAGCUGAACACCGAUGAAUUUGAUUUGGCCUGCCACGAAAUCGUAUAUGAGGACAAAGGAAAGCUCAAGAAGUGGAACAGGCUGUCCAAGAAACACAGAUUGGGCCAUGUUGGCAACGCUGCAGGUGUUGCCACUGUGGCCGGCUGUGCCGCAGGUCAUGGCAGCAAAUCGGUGGGAAACAGUCCCACCGAAUGCAUCCAACAGCAAAUUGAUGCAGGUUUUCAAAUGCAUAUGCUGGAACUAAAGGCAUUUUUAAUGCUGGAAAAGAAUAUCACUCAGGAGGGUCUUUUUCGUAAAACAGGCGCAGUCUCGCGUCAAAAUGAGUUGCGUCUGCACAUUCAACAGGACAAGCCAUUGGAACUGGAGCAAACUGGCUUCUCGGCGCACGACUGUGCAACCGUAUUCAAAAGCUUUUUGGCCGAACUACCCGAACCUUUGCUAACGGAUGCUCACUAUCCAGCACAUCUGCAAAUCGCACCUCUUUGUCAAGCCCUCACAGAGAAGACACAGGCCUCCUUGGAAAGGCAGCAGCAUUUGCUGCACUCGGUCCAGUUGCUGAUUCUGCUGCUGCCGGAUGAGCAUCGCGAACUGCUGCAGCAUAUUAUAGAAAUGCUGCACGCUGUUGCGCAACAUGAGGAUAGCAAUAAGAUGUCCGCCGAGAAUCUGGCCACAGUAUUCACUCCACAUCUAAUAUGUCCACGUAACCUGCCGCCAGAAGUGCUGCACUAUACAGCAAAGCGAAUGUCCAGUAUUAUUGCUUACAUGAUUACCCGAAACAUGGAAAUCUUCGCUGUGCCCGCCAAGCUGGCAACCGAUAUUCGGGCGUACUUUCUUGAACGCAAACGCAAGAAAACAAUGUCGCCGGAGCAAACGCUUGACGAAUCAAUCUCGGACAUCUCAACGGUCAACACGGUGUACACUUUUGUAGAUCGGGCCGCCACUGCAGCAGCAACAAACACUAACAACACGGAUACAGAGUUGGCCCAAUUAUACGCUCACAUCCAAAGUCUGCCCGAAUCGUCAAAGAAACGUCGCCUAAUCAAACAGUUUAACAAACAAAAUGGACAGGGUACUCCAUUGCAAUUGGUCGUUAUGAAUCGGCUAAAGAACAAUGAGGCAACUCGUAGCGCCAAGUCCUUGAGUGACUCGAUUAAGAAACACAUAUUCCAUAAGAGUCUCAUGUCACGUACUCCAAAACGUGCACCUGGCUUGCAGCCCUUGCGCGGAUCUGAGACGCCCAAUCUAACGCAUGCCAAAACUCCGAAGUUGCGUGUACUGUUCCAAAGUCCAACGCCAGCGAUGCAUAUACCCACAUCGGGACUCGGCACUAAACCAUCAUCAUCAACCUCAUCAGCAUCAUCAUGUGGCUCUAACACAAUGCACACUCUUCACAAGUCCAUCUCAUCCACAUCCCUGAAAAUUGAAUCGUCAUCGGAUAGUAGCAGCUGUGGCGCUAAUAGCAGCCAUUCAGCUCCUGUGAGCCGGCAGCAAUCGCAUGAGCUGGCCACGGGAUCAACUGCUGGGCCGGAGCUAGACGAGAUCGACGCAACGUGCUGUGUGACGCCGGCGAAGAUCAUCUCGGCUGUGGCCCAGCAGCUGAUCGGUGGGGCCGAUAAAAAGACCGUGGCAUGGAAUGAUCGCCGUUUGCUGGAGAUCGAAGAGUACUCGAAUCCCUGCACACCCGUGCAGCAAUCGUCGCGAUACAAGUCCGAGCCUAAUUUGUGUAGUCUGCGGCCACAGGUGCACGACGACGAUGGCGAGUGCGACGGCGAUGCAGAAUCAGCGCUGACGCCCAUUGUGGAGGUAUCAACAACCACAACGACCAGCAGCGGCAUGGGCAAGUCGAUAACGCGCAAACUGAUGAAGGGUGUCAGCAUGGGUAACCUGCGCUUUCCAUUCAGCACGCCGGAGACAACGAAACGUUUGGUGCGCAGUGUUUCGGCAACACUCAAGCGACGUCCCAGCAGCAGCGACGAUGCUAAGCACAUAGGCUCCCAUACGCAGACUGCUGAUGCACCGCUGCUGGAGGAUGUGGACGAUAGCGAUCUCGAGGAUGAAGAUGGCGAUGGUGAUGACGACACCUUGUCCGAGAUAAACGGCAGUUCCAAUGAGCUGCCCGGGGGCCUGGGCAUGGCAGUUGAUGUCAGCUACCAUCAACAGCUGCUGCAGAGCAGUGUUUAUCGAAACCUGGAUCUGAUAACAAGCACGCCAGCAUUGCGUAUGGCACGUCGUUCCAUGUCACCCAUAACCAAAUCCACGCAGCGCAUGCCCAAAGCCAUGCAGGAAUCCAUUAUGACGCCGCGUUCCCGCAAGCCUGUGAUGCUAUUAACUGCAUUGGGCAAUGCUGACAAGCAACAGAACCAGAGCUGCUUUCUCGACCAGCAGCAGCAGCAGCAGGACGAUGAGGUGCUCCUGCCUAGUAAACAGUUGGAGCCGCCUGUGUUGCACAGCGAAGAUGCAACUUCCCUAGGUGGCUAUGCGGACAUACUGAGACGCCAGCAAAGCCUAAUAGUCCAAAGGCAACGCACGAGCAGCAGCAGCAAUAGCAACAGCAAUGACUUGGAGCUGGAGCCCUCGAUGGCGGGAAAGCCGCACAAUGCGCUGUCAAACGAUUUCAAAGAAUAUUUGCUUACGCGCAGUGUCUUGACGGCGAGUCCAGCGGAUUCAUCUUUUGCCAGUCGUUCAGAUGAUUUUGGUGGUGCCAACACCACACAGGACAUCGAGGACAUUGAGGAUUUCGAGGAGUCAGAACUGAGUCCCAGCUUGUUGUAUUGCUUGGAUGGUAACGAACCGGCAACUGCUUCACCUCUCUGUAGCCUAAAUAUCGGACGUAAGCGUUCGGCGGGCUCGCCACUGAAGACCCCGCUCGUUCAUGAUGAUCCGAACAAUAAGGAAAACCUUUCAAGUGAACAUUUACUAACGAAGAAACUGCUAAUUACUUCUACAGCGGAGUAUCCAGGCGAAACGGCACUUUAGCUUUAAGUGUUUCACACAUUUGAACGUUAAAACCGUUGCACGGUUUUAAAAAA